GAUGCAGACGACAGCUCUUUGGUCCAAGCAGCACCGUUACGAUCGGUACGUAAGGUGCUGCCCACUUCAUUUGGUAAGAUAAAUGACACUGCAACUUCUCAGUCGCUUUUGAAGCAAAAACCCGAACCAGCAGAAGCAGCAAGUGACAAGACUGCAGCGAAACCAGCGAAAGAAGCUGCGACAGUGUCACUGCCAAAAGCAGCCAGUGACAAGAUUGCAGCGAAACCAUCGACACUAGCUGCAGCACCGCCAAAAACAGCAAGUGACAAGACUGCAGCGAAACCAUCGAAAGAAGCUGCGACACCGCCAAAAGCAGCCAGUGACAAGACUGCAGCGAAACCAGCGAAAGAAGCUGCGACACCGCCAAAAGCAGCCAGUGACAAGACUGCAGCGAAACCAUCGAAAGAAGCUGCGACACCGCCAAAAGCAGCCAGUGACAAGAUUGCAGCGAAACCAGCGAAAGAAGCUGCGACACCGCCAAAAGCAGCCAGUGACAAGACUGCAGCGAAACCAGCGAAAGAAGCUGCGACACCGCCAAAAGCAGCCAGUGACAAGACUGCAGCGAAACCAUCGAAAGAAGCUGCGACAGCGCCAAAAGCAGCCAGUGACAAGACUGCAGCGAAACCAGCGAAAGCGACACCGCCAAAAGCAGCCAGUGACAAGACUGCAGCGAAACCAGCGAAAGCGACACCGCCAAAAGCAGCCAGUGACAAGAUUGCAGCGAAACCAGCGAAAGAAGCUGCGACACCGCCAAAAGCACCCAGUGACAAGAUUACAGCGAAACCAGCGAAAGAAGCUGCGACACCGCCAAAAGCAGCCAGUGACAAGACUGCAGCGAAACCAUCGAAAGAAGCUGCGACACCGCCAAAAGCAGCCAGUGACAAGAUUGCAGCGAAACCAGCGAAAGAAGCUGCGACACCGCCAAAAGCAGCCAGUGACAAGACUGCAGCGAAACCAGCGAAAGAAGCUGCGACACCGCCAAAAGCAGCCAGUGAAAAGAUUGAAGCGAAACCAUCGACACUAGCUGGAGCGUCGCCAGAAGCACCAAGUGACAAGACAGCAGAACAACCAGCGAAAGAAGCUGCAACACCGCCAGGAGCACCAAGUGACAAGACAGCAGAACAACCAGCGAAAGAAGCUGCAACACCGCCAGCAGCACCAAGUGACAAGAAGCAGAACAACCAGCGAAAGAAGCUGCAACACCGCCAGCAGCACCAAGUGACAAGACAGCAGAACAACCAGCGAAAGAAGCUGCAACACCGACCGCCAGCAGCACCAAGUGACAAGACAGCAGAACCAGCACCAAGUGACAAGACAGCAGAACAACCAGCGAAAGAAGCUGCAACACCGCCAGCAGCACCAAGUGACAAGACAGCAGAACAACCAGCGAAAGAAGCUGCAACACCGCCAGCAGCACCAAGUGACAAGACAGCAGAACAACCAGCGAAAGAAGCUGCAACACCGCCAGCAGCACCAAGUGACAAGACAGCAGAACAACCAGCGAAAGAAGCUGCAACACCGACAGCAGCACCAAGUGACAAGACAGCAGAACAACCAGCGAACGAAGCUGCAACACCGCCAGCAGCACCAAGCGACAAGACAGCAGAACAACCAGCGAACGAAGCUGCAACACCGCCAGCAGCACCAAGUGACAAGACAGCAGAACAACCAGCGAACGAAGCUGCAACACCGCCAGCAGCACCAAGUGACAAGACAGCAGAACAACCAGCGAAAGAAGCUGCAACACCGCCAGCAGCACCAAGUGACAAGACAGCAGAACAACCAGCGAAAGAAGCUGCAACACCGCCAGCAGCACCAAGUGACAAGACAGCAGAACAACCAGCGAACGAAGCUGCAACACCGCCAGCAGCACCAAGUGACAAGACAGCAGAACAACCAGCGAACGAAGCUGCAACACCGCCAGCAGCACCAAGCGACAAGACAGCAGAACAACCAGAAACAGGAGUUGCGGAAGGGUCAAACGGAGCGGAAAGUGGAACUGGAAAUAUGUCUGUGCCAGCAGCAAAAACUUCAGGAAAGCAGACAGCACAACCGCUUAUCCCGCUACUGCCUUCAGAGCCAGCGUUGGAUUCUUCUACAAGGGUUGUGGAAAUCGUCGUUCCCAAUGCCAACAACUCCCAUGCAGUGAUCCGCAUUCGGAAUCCUGAUGCCAUUGACAUCGAAGAUGUGAACGUGUCCAACCCUGUGGCAUCCCUUCGCUCCUUGGCUGAGUCACAUUGGGACCUGAACCUGAAAAAACGACUAAGUUCCAAAACGAAUCUGCCGCUGAAGGCCCUGGCAAUUCAUCGGGUGCCCACCACGAUCUAUUCCAAGAACGACAGCUUCGAUGGGCUGCGACAUUUACGGCUCCAAGUUGAGAGCUUUGACACCAUGAACUCCUCCGUGGAGGACUAUGCCACGGUGUCGAAAGAUGCCUUGCUGGAAAUGAUCAAAGCCCUACAGCGGGCAUCGCCCAUCUGUCACAACUUGUCACAGGCCAGGGUGGAGCAAAAGGACAUGCUGGAACAGGAGGAAGCCUUGAUGAGUAAGACAGACGACCUCUCAAAGAGUUUGGAACGAGUGGUGCAAGGAUCCGUUGCCGCCUCCGGUCUGGAGGUGGCCAAAGCUGCGCAGAAGAUCCUGGAAAAUCGCCAGAUUUGGGAGGCACAUGCCAAUCAGAAUCUGUUGCUGCGACAACAAGCCAAGAAAUCAAUGAAUCAGUUAGCCAUCGAGCUAUUGGGUGCUGUGCGGCACGGGAUCACUGGCCUAAAAACCUGCGCGGUGGCUUCGAAAGUGAAGGUGAAUCUGACGCAAGUCAGGGAGGAAUUCUUCGCGGCUUUGGACCUUGGGAAGGGUAAUCUCUCGGUGUCGCGGAUGAACAUCGAGCUGGAGGACCUGGAGAAAGCCAUCAACGUUUCGGCCAAUAACCUGACGCUCUCCAUCUCCUUGUCGGCCAACUUGGUGCAGGAUGCAGUGCUCAAGGCCAAUGCCAGCAAGCAUCUGAAUUCCGCUGUGGAUGUGAAGGAAAAUUUGACCAGUCUGCUGUAUGAGAGGGUUCACUUAGUAGAGAACAUUUCGCACGACACAUCGCGACUUCCUCCACUGGCGGAUCGUGCAACUCUGAACCUGUCUAUGGGCACUACAGCUUUGGUGAUCUCGGCUUCACAGGCCGAAGGUUUGGCCAAGCAGCUGCAGGUCAUCGACAGCAGCAUUCAGGAAAUGUACCAAGAGACGCUGGAGACAGAUGUGCACAUGAAGUUGAAAGGACUUACUCUGCAGAAAACUCUUCGAGAGGCCCUGAGAACCUGUGCGCUGGGCCUGAGAUUGGCUCGGCUCUCUGGUAAGGAGGUGAAUAACAGCCUGGCGGAGAUCUUCCGCAACUUCCAUGGCAUCUAUGGAAAUGCCUCCUCUCCCAUUGAGUUCCUUCGAAAGCCGGGUGAAUUGCAGUCCGUGACGAAGCUCAGCACGCUGCACACCAACAGCUCCCCGCACAACGCCUCGACUCCGGCGCGGCUCUCGGAGCGAGGGCAGCAGUGGCCAGAAGCCGAAGAUUCCAAGGAAGUGCCGUGGAAUCUACCAAAUGACCCGAAAACUGCCGACACCACCUCGCUGCUCUUUGGCGUUCCGCGCGCUCCCCCUGUGCCACCUUCCAAGGAGUCGAGAUUGCUGCCAAAUCUGUUGAUUGCCUCGGCCAUGUCCCUCUUUCUGAUACUGGGAUCUGUGCUGUUGUGGAUCGUUUCUGCCUAA